AUGUCUUCAGAUACAAGCAUCAAAGUUGCCUUUGUUUGCUUGGGAAAUAUAUGUCGUUCACCAAUGGCAGAAGCUGUCUUCAGAAAAAUUGUGAAUGAAAACAAACUUGCAGAUACUGUGACCUAUAUUGAUUCAUUUGGGACCGCCGGUUACCAUGUUGGUGACCGCUCAGACUCGAGAACAAUCAAAACUUGUAAAAAUCAUGAUGUCCCGAUAAACCAUAGAGGCCAGCAAAUAAAGAGCAAGCACUUUACGGAAUUCGAUUACAUUUUGUGUAUGGAUGACUCUAACUUGUACAAUCUGAAAAGGCUGAAGCCUAAGAACUCAACGGCGGUUGUCGGUAUGUUUGGCGAAUGGAAAGAUAGCGAUUCUUUCGAUACAGUAAUUGACGAUCCCUACUAUGGUGGAACCGAUGGGUUUGAAACGUGCUACCAGCAAUGUGUAAGCUUCAGUAAGGCGUUCCUGAAGAAGGAGUUGGGGGUCAAUAUUCCUUAA